UCACACUGAGGCGCACGCAUUCGCACAGCGAAGCCGGGAGGAGCCGCCGCGCAGACGCCGAAUCACGGUGUAACGGAUUAACGUGUACAUUUUUAACCUUUGAAACCUAAAGAAAAGGUCCUGCUCCACAAGUAGGCCGCUUAUUUUAGGGCAGGCUUCAGUUUGUCUCUGCGGCGCAGUUUUUUCUACAUUUGUUAUUAUUCUAACUCACCUUGCAGAUUUCUUUCGGAGCAGUUCGCAGUAGUCAGGUAAAAUAAAUUAGACGCUAGCGCAAAGUUACUAUAUGAAAUACUAUGAACGCACGCAAAUAAAGUCUGUGAUUUCCAUCACAAAAGGCGCAUUUCCUCAAACUAAUUCAGCUUUUGGGAAGUCUAACGUAUCCUCGGGAGGUGUUUUCACCGGAUGGACUCACUGCAAGGCAGAAAAAGGGAAGCUGGAGGACUUUUUUAUUGACAACAUAAGCAACACGCAGACGCUUCACGCAGUAAACAUGAAUGAAAAGGAGAAGCUUCGCCACUGAAGGUCCGCGCAAAGUGCGGGAGAGCGCAGAACCACUGCAGCUGCGCCAAGGAGCCAUUUCACUGCAUUCAGUCCAAACCCAGAGUCUGUGACCGUCGAGGCGCAUUGAACUAUAUUCAAACAUCAAAUAUAAGAAAACUCUCAGAGGCAAACUUUCCCGUCAGAAAGAUGCGGCGUCGCCCUUAAUUGAAUCCUCCUAAAACACCGCCAGGUUAAAACUCAUAUUGGAUGAAAACGGGCGAUCGGAGCAGAUUGUAGCGGUUAAAUGUUCGUAAUCACCCAGCGCGACCCGCUGUGACUCGUCGUCGACCGAACCAAACUCCGAGCCCGCGCGCGGACAUGCUGCUGCUCAGGCUGCUGCCCGUGCUCCUCGUCCUCGCCACAAACUCUGCGCUCAGCCCGCGUCGCUCCGACGCGCUGAGGCGGCACAAGCGCGCGCUGGCGCAGCGGGCGGACAGGCUGUCGUCCAGCCCGGCAGGUGAACCCUGCGCCGCGUCCCGCGCCUGGAGCUCCCGCCGGCAGCCCCGCUCCGCGUCAGCGGCCCAACACCGCCCCCCAGCGGCCCGCCCGGGGACGCACGCGAGCCGCACGGACGCGCGCGGCGUCAGGGGCGCUCCUGCGGUUUGCGCACGAGGAUGCGGGCUUGACACCGCGGCGCGGGAGCGGGGGCCGCGGCCACGCAGCGACGAUGCGGGACUGGGAGAGAAGGACACGCACGUGAAUCUGCCGCAAUGGUUGUACAGGAAACGCUCCACCCACGAGCCACGGCAUGACGGCGAAGGCGACACGCAACUGCCGGGCGCGCGUGCGCGCAGAGACGCCGGGCAGAGCGUCUCCGGUCCGGCUCACGCCGAGGCGAGGUCCGCGCGGAGCCCCGACGCCGCGUUCCCGUACGAGAAGGAGGAGAACUCCAGCUCGGAGAAACUCUUCUACGACACCUCCACGGAUUCCACGGGACUCCGGGUUCUCUACGUGCUGCAGCAGGACGAUGGAGACCCGCACUCGUCCACGGGGACCGCGGCGGACGGCGCCGAGGACUUCUCCGGAGAGGUGGAGGAGGCGCAGCCGCGGCAGGGGGUCCCGCCCGCCGGCGGCGCCUUCGCGUGGGGCCCGGUGCCCCGCGCGCCUCCUUCCUGGAUGAGCGCCCUUUACUUCCACGGGCGCCGGGAGCAGCUGAGGCUGAAGCCCACGGCGGGGGUGGAGCUGCCGAGGGCCGCGUUCAGUCUGGAGCUGUGGGUGAAGCCAGAAGGAGGGCAGAGCAACCCCGCGGUGGUAGCAGGUGUAUUUGACAACUGCUUCCAUUCACGCAGUGAGAAGGGCUGGUCUGUGGGCAUCCGGACCGUGGAACCGGCCGGCACCAAAGAUGCGAGGUUCUACUUCACACUGCGCACGGACCGAGCCGUCAAACCGACCACCGUCUACAGCCACCAGCGAUACCACCCCAACGCCUGGACCCACGUGAUGGCCACCUACGACGGCCGCAGGAUGACCCUGUACGUGGACGGAGCUAAGGUGGGAGAGAGCAACCUCCAGUCCGGCGAUCUGAACAGCCCCUUCAUGAGGACCUGCAGGAGCCUGUUCCUCGGCAGCAACCAGUAUGACCCCAGCUUCAGGGGUCACAUGGGGGGCGUGGCCUUGUGGGGCCACAGCCGUCCUCAGGGGGACCUGCUGAGGCGCCCGCUCCAAGCUGACAGGAGCGGCCCGGUUCUGCUGAUGUGGGCUGACUUCACUAAUAUGGAACAGCUGUGGACUCCACAUAAAGAAGGCCUCCAUCCAGCCGUCGUCACCAUGCCGGUCCCGGAGACAGAACUGGUCUCCCCGUUCCUGGCGCCGCCGUGCGGUGUGACGCCGUGCGAUAACGCCGACAUCAUCCUCGGGUACAACGACAACUGGCAGCUUCGCGGCCCCAAGCGAGUGCGCUACCGCAUCGUCAACCUGUCCGACGACGACGGCGCAAACCCCACCGUGUCGCAGGCCCAGAUCCAGCUGCAGCACCAGGCGCUCAGCGAGGCCCUCCGGCCCUACAACAUCAGCCUGGACCUAAGCGUGCACGCCGUCAGGAACUCCAGCCUCCGACAAAGGUUCAUCCUGAGCAACUGCCGCAUCGGGAAGAUCGGGAACCGGCAGUGCGACCCGGAGUGUGACCAUCCGCGAACAGGCCACGACGGAGGCGACUGCCUCCGAAUGGGGCCCUGCUACAACUGGAAGAGGCAGGACGGGGUGUGUAACACGGAGUGCAACAGCAUACACUACGACUACGAUGAUGGAGACUGCUGUGACCCGGAGGUCACCGACGUCCUCAAGACCUGCUUCGACCCCGAGUCGCCCGACAGGGCCUACAUGAGUGUGAAAGAGUUAAAGGAUGAGUUACAGCUGAGUGGCACUGACACACUUAACGUUUUCUUCGCCAGCAACUCAGCACAUGAAGAGCUGGCGGGAGCUGCAACCUGGCCGUGGGCAAAGGAAGCUGUUACCCAUCAAGGUGGAAUGGUGUUAAACCCCUCUUACUUUGGUACAUUUGGACACCAAAACACCAUGAUCCAUGAGAUAGGACACAUCUUUGGAUUGUACCAUGUCUUCAAAGGAGUAAGCGAGCGAGACUCCUGCGAUGAUCCAUGUCAGGAGACUGUGCCGUCCAUGGAGACAGGAGAUCUGUGUGCCGACACUGCCCCAACACCCAAAUCUAAGGCCUGUCAUGAUCCAGGAGACGUUAACGAUGUCUGUGGAGUCACUAAGUACCAGGACACACCUUACUGCAAUUACAUGAGUUACACAGAUGACAACUGCACCAACCAUUUUACUCCCAACCAAGUGGCUCGAAUGCACUGUUAUGUUGACUUGGUCUACCAGAAUUGGCAGAUAAGCCGCCAACCUGUCCCCAUGCCUCUGGCCCCCAUCGUAGUGGACCAGAGCCAAGAUUCUGUUUCCAUCUUUUGGCUGCCACCUAUGACGGGACCUCUUUAUCAAAGUUCUUCAUUGCACCUAUCUGGUAUUGACUGUGGUAACUGUGAGAAAGACGGUGUUUUCCAUCAGUAUGCAUAUGCAGCUACCUCACCUCGCAUCUGUGACACUUCAGGCUAUUGGACACCUGAGGAGGCAGUUGGCCCACCUGAUGUGGAGCAGCCCUGUGAUCCCAGUCUCCAGGCGUGGAGUCCUGAGCUUAGCCUGUACGACACUAAUGUCACGACCCCAUGUCCUGAAACAGAGGGCUGCACCCUCACACUGAAAUUCCUGCACCCCAUUGUUCCACAUGCACUCACCCUCUGGGUGACCUACAUAUCAUCACCCAAUCCUGCCAUAGCCAACAUAGAGCUUAUAACUCAUUCGGGGAAAAACAUUAACCUGGGGCCGCAGCAUGUUUUCUGCGAUGUGCCUCUGACUUUACGCCUGGACACCCUCGACACUGCCGUCGCUGCAAUAAAGCUCUGCACCUUUGAUGAGAAAAUGGAGAUUGAUGCAGCAAUGUUGUCUUCGGGCCCUAGCAAUGCUGUGUGUUCAGCCUGCCAACCUGUGCUCUACCGGAUUCAGCGGCAGCCGCCCUUUACCGAGCCGCCCCCACUGCCACAGACCCAGCAGACAUACACCGACAGAUCUUUAAGUCAAGGAGUCAAGUACCAGUACACAAUUCAGGUGGAGGCAAACGGACUCGUCAGUGAACCCUCCCCACGUCUGCUCUACACCCAUGGACAGUUCUACUGUGGGGACGGCCUCAUACAGGGGACAGAGGAGUGUGAUGACAGUAAUUUAUUGGAUGGGGAUGGCUGCUCUAAAAAGUGUCAUAAGGAAAUGGGCUUCAACUGUAACGGUGAACCCAGUCAGUGUUAUGUUUUCGACGGUGACGGCAUCUGUGAGGAGUUCGAGCGGGUUUCCAGCGUUCAAGACUGUGGCUACUUCACGCCUUUAGGCUACAUGGACCAGUGGGCAUCCACGGCCACGGCUUCUCACCAGGACCCCAAACGCUGUCCUGCCCACGCUGCCACCAGAGAGCCACCUCUUAGCAAGCUCUGCAGGUACCAGCAUUUGGAGGUGAAUGAGAAACUGCCCACCGACGCCUGGUUCCCUUGCACGGCCCAGGCUGAUUUAAGUAAUGAUCUGGAACAUUCAUUUUGGCUGAAGGUGGGAUUUGCCCAUCCAGGAGUCGCAGCCUCUGUAAUAGUGUAUCUGGCGUCAGAUGGGUUGUGGUCUGGGGAGCAGUGUCGGAGAACGGUCACUAUCCUUUUAUCUGACACUACUGGCAAAAAUCACUCACUCGGGACACACGACCUCUCGUGCCAUCGGAACCCAUUGGUAGUAAAUAUAACCCACGAACUUUCCGAGCCGUUCUUCCUAACGGCCUCAGUUGUCCUGCUCUUCUCCUCCCCCUCGGUGGCAGUGGGGGCUGUAGCUCUGAGGACCUCGUGCCACUUCAGCACCUUCGCCCUGACCGGCUGUUUGCAGCUGCCGUGUCAGAUGAACAACUGUGGCCCUCUAAAGAUAGAACAUGCCUCUGUGAGAUGUAAAGGAGAAGGAGAAGCAUCUUCAUGCUCUGUUUCCUGUCACCGUGGUUACAGCAUCACUGUCCUCAGUGGCAAAGGAAUGCCACCACAUCAGAGGAAGGCGGAGCUGGCGUGUUUUGGUGGCUCGUGGGAUCGUGUGCUUAGCUGUCAGCCUGUAGACUGUGGCCUUCCUCAUCAGUCCCACGUCUACCAUGCCAUAUUCAGCUGCCCCUGGGGAACAGCCUUUGGCAAACAGUGCUCUUUCACCUGUCGAUCCCCAGCCAUACUUCAAGGUGACAGUGACAGGCUGGUGUGCUUAGAGGACGGUUUGUGGUCUUUCCCAGAAGCCUACUGUAAGAUAGAGUGUGCAGAGGUCCCAAACAUACCUGAUGCCAAGCUCCUAACAGCAGACUGUCUGGCUUCAGGCCAUGAUGUUGGCUCUGUCUGCCGCUUCAAAUGUAACCCAGGCUUCUAUGUAAAAGGAAGCCUCCAGAAGAAGACUCCAAGGAAGUACUUCAAGUUGGAGUGUCUGCAGGACGGGCAGUGGGAAGAAAUGGGCUGUGAGCCCAUCUCCUGUCCAGCUCUGCCCGACGUAUUCCAGGGCAUGUACACCUGCACCAAUGCCCUGUACUAUGACACCAUCUGCACCCUGCACUGCCUCAACACAACUGAAAAUAGCGACAUUCGCUGCACAAAAGACGGUGAGUGGACGGCAGAGUUCACCAUGUGCUCCAGGUCCCAGGGAUCCUGCCCUCUUCCUCCUGAUCUCAACUCUGUGGAGUAUACGUGUGACCAUGGGAUGGAUGUUGGCGCUCUUUGUUACCCAACAUGCAUCGUGGCUCUGGACAUGGAUUUGCGUGAUCCGGUGGUUCUGCCAAAUAUCACUACGGCCGACUCCUUACAGCACUGGAUGGUUCCCACCAAAGUCCAGAACAUAGUUUGCACAGGACUGAUGAAAUGGUACCCUGAUCCUCAACACAUCCAUUGCAUUCAGUCAUGUGAGCCUUUUGGAGCCGAUGGCUGGUGUGACACCAUCAACAACCGCGCUUACUGCCAGUAUGACGGAGGAGACUGCUGCCCAUCCACGCUCUCCACCAGAAAGGUACGCAGCUCUUCUCCAGCAUAUUCAAGUACAAGGUUUGUGUGGUAAUAACACAGUGAGUGUUCUACAAACGCCUGAAAGUCACUUAUUACGUGUUUGUCAUUGAAAAGGGACAGAAUGCUGCUUGGCUUGCUUUGGCCCAUGUCUGAUGCUUUGGCCCAUGUCUGAUGGAUGGAGCUUAGGAACUGAAGUUGGAUUGAAAGAGUCUUCCUGUUUAUAGUAGUAGAAAUCUGUCUGCUUUGGCACAAGUGCAGCUCUACGCAGGAGACGAGGGAAACAAAGCAAACAAACACAGACUCCUGCUACUUUCCCCUCUCCUGUUUACCGCUGCUCCAGUUUGGUCUCCCCCGGCUGUACUUAAAGCAGGCGCGGAGACUCGUGGCCUCCGUCUUUUCCACUUAAAUGGUAAAUGAGCAGGUUUUUACCACCACAUGCUGCCAUGCACUUUCUCACCUUUUAUAUUGAGCCAUUACUUCAUUGCA